CCCCCCCCCCAGUCACCCCUCCACUUCCGGCCCUCGCCUGUCACCCGGUGUCCUCCCUGUCAAUGUCCCCGCUGCUUCCCUACACCCCCUUUGUCCGGCCUUCCCCUCCCCGGACCGGACCGGCUGGGCCCUCGGAAAGCCGAGGGGACGGAGGCCCGGGCGAGCUGAGGUCGUCGACGGUGUGGAGAGCGAGGAGCUCGUCUAGCGUGUUGAAGCCCACCCCGCAACCACAGGCGGCCGGAGGGAGACCCCGGGAGAGGAGAGCCAGACGGCCCGGGCAGGACGGGGCGGGCUCAGGCCCCGCGGGCCGCACAAGACGGGGUGGGAGCUCCCCGGGGUUGUGACUCCUCUCGGGGAGGGCUAGGCCGAGGCAGGCCGCCGCGAUGGCCCGAGGCCAUCCCCCCUCGGCCCCCCGCCCGCUAGCCCCAUCCGGGGAGGGGGCCUCCAUGGAGGGCUGAGCCGGCCGCUCCGUCCUCCUUCGAGCGGGGGGGUCUGGGGUCCCCCUCCGGCGGGCAUGGGGGGGCGUCCACGGAGGGCACCCGGGUGAGCCCACGGGGGCGUCGAGGAUGGCGCGGGGGCUGGGCCCGGAGGAGGAGGCCCUGCGCUCCAACGCGCUCUCGUGGCUGGCCUGCGGCAUCCUGGCCCUGCUGGCCAACGCCUGGACCAUCCUGAGCAUCUCGGCCAAGCAGCAGAAGCACAAGCCCCUGGAGCUGCUGCUCUGCUUCCUGGCGGGCACCCACCUGCUCAUGGCCGCCGUGCCCCUCACCACCUUCGCCGUGGUGCAGCUGCGGCGCCAGGCCUCCGACUACGACUGGAACGAGAGCGUCUGCAAGGUCUUCGUGUCCACCUACUACACCCUGGCGCUGGCCACCUGCUUCACCGUGGCCUCCCUGAGCUACCACCGCAUGUGGAUGGUCCGCUGGCCCGUCCACUACCGCCUCAGCAACGCCAAGAAGCAGGCGCUGCACGCCGUGGUGGGCAUCUGGAUGGUCAGCUUCAUCCUGUCCACGCUGCCGUCCAUCGGCUGGCACAACAACGGCGAGCGCUACUACGCCCGCGGCUGCCAGUUCAUCGUGUCCAAGAUCGGGCUGGGCUUCGGCGUCUGCUUCAGCCUGCUGCUGCUGGGGGGCAUCGUCAUGGGCCUGGUCUGCGUGGGCCUCACCUUCUACCAGACCCUGUGGGCGCGGCCGCGCCGGGCGCGGCGGGCCGGGGAGGGGCGGCGGCCCGGGCCGGGGGCGCGGCCGGCCUUCGAGGUGCCCGCCAUCGUGGUGGAGGACGCCCGGGGCAAGCGGCGCUCCUCGCUGGAUGGCUCCGAGUCGGCCAAGACCUCCCUGCAGGUCACCAAUCUCAUCAGCGCCAUCGUCUUCCUCUACGACUCCCUCACUGGGGUCCCCAUCCUGGUGGUCAGCUUCUUCUCGCUGAAGUCGGACUCGGCGCCGCCGUGGAUGGUGCUGGCGGUUCUGUGGUGCUCCAUGGUGCAGACGCUGCUCCUGCCUUCCUUCAUCUGGUCCUGCGAGCGCUACCGGGCCGACGCGCGCACCGUGUGGGAGCAGUGCGUGGCCGUCAUGUCCGAGGAGGACGGUGACGACGACGGGGCCUGUGACGACUACGCGGAUGGCCGGAUCUGCAAGGUUCGCUUCGAUGCCAACGGGGCGGCGGGGCCGGGGGGCCACGAUCCCACCCAGGUGAAGUUGCUGCCCAGCCGGCACAUGCUCCUGCCGCCCCACGAGCGGGGACGCUACCUGCAGGUGCCCCUGGCCCGCCGGAUGUCCCACGACGAGAUCAACGUCUUCUCGGCCACGCGCUCGGCCGGCUCCUUCCUGCACAAGUGGUCCUCGUCCGACGACGUCCGGGCCGCCUCGGGCCCGCUCCGGGGGCUGCGCACGCCCCGCUACCCGGCGCGGCGCCGCCGGGGCCCGGACGAGGCCGGGGAGGAGGACGAGGACGACGAGGAGGACGGCGAGGACGGGGCCGGAGGCCUGGCCAGCCUGCGCCAGUUCCUGGAGGGAGGCGUGCUGGGGGCGGGGGGCGCCUCCCGGGCCCCCGGCUUCUUCCGGGAAGAGAUCACGGCGUUCAUCGACGACACUCCCCAGCCGUCGCCCGCCGCCUCCCCGCGGCCUUCUCCGCGCCGGGGACGCCGCCGGUCCCUUGGCUCGCCCGAGGACGGGGUGCCGGGGCCGGCGGGGGCGGCCCGGCGCUGCUCGCUGACUGCCGGGGACCAAGGCGGCCUGGGGGGCUGGGUGGGCGUCUGGGGGCUGGGCGCCCCCCCUUUCCCCCCCUUGGGCCUCUGAGGUCGGGCCCCCGCCCGGACUCGGGGGACAGGACCUCGCGGUGGGGGCGCCCCGGGCCCCCCCAGGGACCGGACUGCAGCGGGGGGCCGGGCCUCGGCCUCCCACCUCCGCAGCUAUUAAAGUGUUUCCGUGGA